UUCGUGAGAAUAACGAGAAGAACUCCAAAAUUUUACAAACUGUGGUGAAACAUAUGUGUCAAUGAAGACACCGGACACCAAAGUCAAGCUCUUAAAUAAUAUAAGUCUCUCUAAGCAUCUGUCUUCGAAAAAAGGCGGCUCUAGCACCAGCAGCUGCGGCAAUUGUCUAGAAUUUGCAGUACUCACUCGUCUGUCCAGUGUGCCCUGA